UGCCCACUCGCCGAGUGUUGCUGAUCUUAGACGAUCGCUUCCCCCUCUCUUCGAAGUCCUCUUUUCUUUUCCGGGAAACCCCAGCAAGGGACACUUAUGGUAACAAAGCAACAGGCCCUCAUAAAAGAAAACCCUUUAUCUUUGUCUCACCUCCUUUGUUUGCUCUUGCUUGCCUCUUCCCAUCUUCGUCGGUCGAAGCGGGAGGAAGGGAGGGGGGAAAGAAGAGGAUGGUGAGGGGAAAGACACAGAUACGGCGGAUAGAGAACGCGGCCAGCCGGCAGGUGACCUUCUCCAAGCGACGGAGCGGGCUGCUCAAAAAGGCCUACGAGCUAUCUGUCCUCUGCGACGCCGAGGUCGCCCUCAUCGUCUUCUCUUCCCGGGGGAAGCUCUACGAGUUCGCCAGCUCCAGUGUACAAAUGACUAUUGAACGGUAUAUGAUGCACACAAAGGAUGCUGGUAUCAGUAAAAAAGCAACAGAACAGAGUACGCAGUUGAAGUUUGAAGCCACAAGCAUGACAGAGAGGAUCAAAUUCCUUGAAGAUCAGAAGCGGAAGUUAUUGGGCGAAGACUUGGUAUCAUGUUCGGUGGAGGAACUGAAUGAGCUAGAGCUUCAGCUAGAGACAAGCUUAAACAGCAUCAAGCAAACAAGGCGACGACUUUUACUCGAGAAAAUUGCACGGCUAAAUGAGGAGGAGACAGAGCUUCUAAAGGAGAACGCAUUGUUGCGGCAACAGGUGAAGUACAAGUCGGAAGCUACGCCAAAGCAAACUGCUAUCCAAGAAGCUGAUUUGGAUGAUCAUGCGAGCCAAGAGAAGAAUAUGGAGGUGGAUACAGAGCUGCUGAUUGGAAUGCCAGGAAGUGGUUAGGCCAAGCAAACAAUAUUGUUUAGUAAGACAAAAACAGGUAUGUUCAUGUCAUAUAUGCAAUCUAUGUACCUUAAGAGCAAUAAAUUGAUGCAAGAUCUGUAUUUAGUGUAUUAUUGGCAAAGUGUAGAGUAAGUCAUUGUAACAAUAUCCGUUACCACUGCCUUUUUCUUGAUAUAUCUGACACAACUUUUUAAUAGAGAAACCAAAGUUGUUUGCAAAAUCAA